AUGACCCUUUUGUUGAGACUACAACCAACCACCACAUUGAGGAGGGAGAAUGACCCUUCUGUUGAGACUACAACCACCACAUUGAGGAGGGAGAAUGACCCUGUUGUUGAGACUACAACCACCACAUUGAGGAGGGAGAAUGACCCUUCUGUUGAGACUACAACCACCACAUUGACGAUUGAGAAUGACCCUUUUGUUGAGACUACAACCACCACAUUGAGGAAUGAGAAUGACCCUUUUGUUGAGACUACAACCACCACAUUGAGGAGGGAGAUUGACCCUUUUGUAGAGACUACAACCACCACAUUGAGGAGGGAGAAUGACUCUGUUGUUGAGACUACAACCACCACAUUGACGAUUGAGAAUGACCCUUUUGUUGCGACUACAACAACCACAUUGAGGAGUGAGAAUGACCCUGUUGUUGAGACUACAACCACCACAUUGAGGAAUGAGCAUGACCCUGUUGUUGAGACCACAUCCACCACAUUGAGGAGGGAGAAUGACCCUGUUGUUGAGACUACAACCACCACAUUCAGGAGGGAGAAUAACCCUGUUGUUGAGACUACAACCACCACAUUGACGAUUGAGAAUGACCCUUUUGUUGCGACUAAAACAACCACAUUGAGGAGUGAGAAUGACCCUGUUGUUGAGACUACAACCACAACAUUGACGAUUGAGAAUGACCCUGUUGUUGAGACUACAACCACCAUAUUGAGGAGGGAGAAUGACCCUUUUGUUGAAACUACACCCACCACAUUGAGGAAGGAGAAUGAUCCUGUUUUUGAGACUACAACCACCACAUUGAGGAGGGAGAAUGACCCUUUUGUUGAGACUACAACCACCAAAUUGAGGAGGAAGAAUGACCCUUUUGUUGAGACUACAACCACCACAUUGAGGAAAGAGAAUGACCCUUUUGUUGAGACUACAACCACCAUAUUGAGGAGGGAGAAUGACUCUUUUGUUGAAACUACACCCACCACAUUGAGGAGGGGGAAUGACCCUGUUGUUGAGACUACAACCACCAAAUUGAGGAGGAAGAAUGACCCUUUUGUUGAGACUACAACCACCACAUUGAGGAAGGAGAAUGACCCUUUUGUUGAGACUACAACCACCACAUUGAGGAAGGAGAAUGAUCCUGUUUUUGAGACUACAACCACCACAUUGAGGAGGGAGAAUGACCCUGUUGUUGAGACUACAACCACCACAUUGAGGAGGAAGAAUGACCCUUUUGUUGCGACUACAACCACCACAUUGAGGAAAGAGAAUGACCCUUUUGGAGAAGGCUCUUUUGUUGAGACUACAACCACCACAUUGAGGAAGGAGAAUGACCCUUUCGUUGAGACUACAACCACCACAUUGAGGAAGGAGAAGGAUCCUGUUUUUGAGACUACAACCACCACAUUGAGGAGGGAGAAUGACUCUGUUGUUGAGACUACAACCACCACAUUGACGAUUGAGAAUGACCCUUUUGUUGAGACUACAACCACCACAUUGAGGAAGGAGAAUGAUCCUGUUUUUGAGACUACAACCACCACAUUGACGAUUGAGAAUGACCCUUUUAUUGAGACUACAACCACCUCAUUGGCGAUUGAGAAUGACCCUUUUGUUGAGACUACAACCACCACAUUGAGGAAGGAGAAUAACCCUUUUGUUGAGACUACAACCACCACAUUGACGAUUGAGAAGGACCCUUUUGUUGAGACUACAACCACCACAUUGAGGAAUGAGAAUGACCCUUUUGUUGAGACUACAACCACCACAUUGAGGAAGGAGAAUAACCCUUUUGUUGAGACUACAACCACCACAUUGAGGAAGGAGAAUGAUCCUGUUUUUGAGACUACGACCACCACAUUGACGAUUGAGAAUGACCCUUUUAUUGAGACUACAACCACCACAUUGAGGAGGGGGAAUGACCCUGUUGUUGAGACUACAACCACCACAUUGAGGAGGGAGAAUGACCCUGCUGUUGAGACUACAACCACCACAUUGAGGAGGGAGAAUUACCAUAAGCUGUCUAAUCUGAAACUGCUCACCGCUAACCAGGAAUUUACUUUUGAACUGACCGCUUGA